AUGGGUAGAAGAAGUUCGGCGAAGAAAAACUCUAAGAUGCUCGAUAGUGAUGAUACAGAAAGUUUGAGCUCGUCAUCAUCAUCUAUGCAGCUGGGUAAUUUUGUUGAGCCUGUUAUUGGGGAAGUGCUGGUGGAUAAGGAUACUUUGCUUGAUGAAAGUUUAGAUGCUUUGUAUGAGAAGAGAGGCUCUACUAGACAGAAGGCUUUGGCAUCGAUAAUUGAAGCCUUCAACAGCAGCGUACAGCAUGAGUUUGUCGAAAAGAAGUUUGCUACAUUGCUACAUCAGUGCUUGAAUUCAAUCAAGAAGGGUUCUGCAAAAGAGGUUACACUGGCGUGUCAUGCAAUAGGUCUUUUAGCUCUCACCAGCGGUCCUGGUGAGAAAGCACAUGAGAUUUUGGAAGAAUCAGUCUCCACUAUAUCCGAAGCUCUUAGAAUUCGACCCGAGACAUCUAAGAUAUUAUCUUUGCUUGAGUGUCUCGCUAUCAUUACUUUCGUCGGUGGUGAAGAACCCGAAAAAAUAGAGGAAUCAAUGCAAAUAAUGUGGCAGAUGGCUCAUCCGAAAUUGGGUCCCAAUGUGGCUGCUGCUAAGCCUUCGCCAGCAAUAAUAACUACAGUGGUCUCUGCCUGGUCAUUUCUUCUUACUACAAUAAGUGGCAGGGAACUAAAUGGCAUGAGUUGGCAAGAGUCAGUCUCUUAUUUAUCAACGCUGCUGGAUAAAGACGACAGACAGUUACGCAUCGCAGCUGGUGAAGCUCUUGCUUUAAUAUUUGAGGUUGGGAGCCUUGAGAAAUUCUGUGGAGAAACUAAGGUUUCUACCGAUGAUGAGCAGAAUAGCUCGAGAAAAUCAAUGUUCAUGCACGGGUUAAAGAAUAAAGUACUUAAUCAAGUGCGUGGUCUUUCGUCCGAGGCCAGUGGCAGGGGUAGUGCAAAGAAAGACCUUAAUAAUCAGAGGAACACAUUUCGAGAUAUACUGGAAUUUAUCGAGGAUGGUUAUACUCCCGUGACCUCGAUGAAGAUUGGUGGGGAGUCUUUACACACAAGUACAUGGGCUGAGUUGAUACAGUUGAACUUUCUAAAGCAUUUUCUUGGAGGAGGAUUCGUUAAGCACAUGCAGGAUAAUCAGUUUCUGCAUGAUGUCUUUGGUUUUAUGCCCAAGAAAAAGCUGCUACCAGGCGAUCGCAUUUCUGGGGCUAAAAAGAGGAUGUAUAGGUCGCCAAACUCUGUCCUUAGCAAAGCAAGGACACAAUUACUUAACAAACAACGGAUGUUAUCUCAGGAUAAAAAUGCUGGUCACUUUGCUGUUGGUUUGGCUGAGGGUUAA